AUGUCGUCGCCGACGGCCGCGCCGGCGCCGACCACGCCGUCGGCCCCGCCGGCCAACGCGACAACCCCGCCUCCCCCGGCGGCGCCUACCCCUCCCACGCCCACGCCGCCCACGCCGUCCUCGCCGGCCCCUGCCGCGACGCCGCCCCCGGCGGCGCCUACCCCUCCCACACCCACGCCGUCCCCGCCGGCCCCCGCCGCGUCGCCGCCGCCGUCGUCGACCCCCUCCGUCCCGGCGCCCGCGACCCCCGCCGCGUCCCCGCCCGCGCCGUCCUCCACCCCGGCUAUUCCCUCCGCGCCCUCCCCUUCCUCCCCGGGGACGACGCCCGCCACCCCGUCGCCGCCGUCGUCCGGUGGAGGGGGCAGGUCCCCGCCGUCCACGCCGUCGUCCAGCGGAGGGGGUGACCGAUCCCCGCCGUCCUCCCACUCGCCGCCCAAGUCGCACUCGCCGGGGGGCGGCGGCAGCGGCGGCAGCUCCGGGCCGUCCACGUCGCUCGUCGUGGGCGUGGCCGUCGGCGGCCUCGUGCUGCUGCUGCUCGCUAGCUUCAUCUGCCUUUGCUUCCUCCGUAAGAAGCGCCGCCGAGCGCAGCCACCGCCUCAGCACUACGGAUACCCGCCGCCUCCGCCCCCGUACAAGGAGGAUCCAUAUGGUGGAACAUACCAGAGUUGGCAGCAAAAUGCGCCUCCUCCUCCACCCCCUGAACAUGUGGUCAAGAUGCACCCAUCGCCUCCGCCAGCAUAUGCCAAUCGUCCUCCACAGCCGCCGCCACCGCCACCACCAGCGAUGCUAAAUAGUAGUGGUGGAUCUGGUUCUAACUACUCUGGUGGCGAGAUCCUACCUCCACCAUCCCCUGGUGCUGCUCUCGGCUUCUCCUCGAAGAGCACAUUCACAUACGAAGAAUUGUUGAGGGCAACUGAUGGAUUCUCUGAUUCUAAUCUCCUUGGACAAGGUGGUUUUGGGUAUGUUCACAGAGGAUUGCUGCCUAAUGGAAAAGAGAUUGCUGUAAAACAAUUGAAACUUGGAAGUGGCCAGGGAGAGCGUGAGUUCCAGGCUGAGGUUGAGAUUAUCAGCCGAGUACAUCACAAACAUCUUGUGUCUUUGGUUGGCUAUUGCAUUUCUGGAGGCAAGAGGUUGCUUGUCUAUGAGUUUGUCCCCAACAACACAUUGGAAUUCCACUUACACGCGAAAGAUCGACCAACAAUGGAGUGGCCCACUAGAUUAAAGAUCGCUCUGGGUGCUGCCAAGGGUUUAGCAUAUCUUCAUGAAGACUGCCAUCCAAAGAUCAUCCACCGUGACAUAAAGGCAUCUAACAUUCUUCUUGACUUCAAAUUUGAAGCUAUGGUUGCUGACUUUGGACUUGCAAAGUUCACUACUGAUAACAACACCCAUGUUUCGACAAGAGUAAUGGGCACCUUCGGGUAUUUGGCACCUGAGUAUGCAUCUUCUGGCAAGCUCACAGAAAAAUCUGAUGUAUUUUCUUUCGGAGUCAUGCUUCUUGAGCUUAUUACUGGGCGGCGACCAGUUGACACAACCCAAACAUAUAUGGAUGACAGCUUGGUUGACUGGGCAAGGCCAUUACUGAUGAGAGCACUUGAGGAUGGUGAAUAUGAUGCUUUGGUGGAUCCUCGGCUGGGAAAGGACUUCAAUCCUAAUGAGAUGGCAAGAAUGAUAGCCUGUGCGGCUGCAUGUGUACGCCAUUCUGCACGUCGUCGGCCGCGUAUGAGUCAGGUCGUUCGGGCUUUGGAAGGCGAUGUGUCUUUGGAGGACCUUAAUGAAGGUGUUCGGCCUGGUCAUAGCCGCUUCUUUGGGUCAUACAGCAGCUCUGAUUACGAUUCUGGCCAGUACAACGAGGACAUGCAGAAGUUUAGGAAGAUGGCAUUUAACAACAACAACUACACCAGCAGCCAAUACAGCGCGCCAACCAGCGAAUACGGCCAGAUACCGUCUGCGUCAAGCAGCGAGGGCCACCAGACGCAGGAGAUGGAGUCGGGUGCCAUGAAGAAAGGUGGCUACAGCGGCUACAGCUCAGGAUACAGCGGAGCCUCGUGA